AUGGUGCAACCAUGUGUGGUCUCAACGCAUAUUUCCUCGUCAAUUCUGAAAUUGACAUUAAAUCGUCCAAAGUCUCUCAACGCCAUCAAUGCCGAUUUACUCGAAGAAUUGGUCGCCCGUCUCAAGCAGGCAGGCAAUGACCCAGACAUUCGUAUUAUUAUUUUAGAAGGUGAAGGACCACGGUCUUUCUGUGCUGGCGAGGAUCUAAAGGAGACCCUCGCGCCGGAGACUGGUUCCUUCGAAGAAUUGCAGACAGCAUUCCACAAACUUCAAGACAUCACCCGUUUGACGUCGAGCAGCGACAAGUUAGUCAUUACCGCGGUACAAGGUUAUGCAGUUGGUGGAGGAGCAGAGAUUGCUCUGGCCGCUGACUUCGUGAUUGGAGGCCCAAAUGCCAAAUUCAAGUUUCCAGAGUGCGCCCUUGGGCAUGCAGUCACUGGCGGGAUCUCAAUUCGAUUGCCACAUCUGGUUGGCCUUUUGAAAGCUAAGGAGUUGAUGAUUAGUGGAAGAUUUGUUGAGGCCGAGGAAGCUCUUCGAAUUGGACUGUUGACCGAGCUAGUUGAGGACCCCAAAGACAGAGCCGUCCAACUGGCACUGGAACUGGAGAAACUACCCAAUAAAGCAGCGAGGUGCUCGAAAACAAGCCUGGAGAGGGCGAUUUUCCCUCUUAUGGAGGACGUUCUCUCCAGCGAAGUGCAAGGUGCCAACUUAUGCUUUGCCCAGGAUGAUGCGGUGCAGGCCUUCCGCAAUUUCCAAGAAAGGAAAAGGCGCCAGGUGGACGUCACAAUGAAGCACGUUGCAGUCAAUGGUGAAAUAAGCGUUCCGUCCAAGGGCUUUCCGGGGGAUGAUCUGCCAAAAGACCUCAAUGGCGCUCUGGAGGUCGCCCUUCAACGAUUUCCACAACGCACAUUCAUAAGGUUUGCAGGUCGAGACACAUCAUUCCACCACUUCGACGAGGAAGUGGCAAAGCUUGCGGGCGGUCUGCAACACUUGGGAGUGAUCCCUGGCGAUAGAGUUGUGGUUAUGAUGAGAAACAGCCUCGAGGCGGUUCAUACCUGGUUCGCUACCAACCGUCUGGGAGCUACAUGGGUUCCAGUAAACGUGGAAUUGAAAUCCGUUAGCCUCCAGCAUGUCGUCGGGUCUGCCGGGGCGAAGCUGGCUCUUGUCGAUCCUGAGUUCAUAUCAGAUAUCGAGGGCACGAACAUUUUCUUGAGGGACCAGAUCUAUGUCAACGGAACAGCGGAUAGCAAUAGUCUGUCUGCUCUUUACAAUUUCCAUCAAGUCGAGCAUGCUGUAUCGGUGCUGCCAUCAACGCCUUCAGCAUUCCUCUACACCAGUGGGACAACGGGGAAAUCCAAGCCUUGCGUUCUGUCACACCAAUAUUUCAUCCUACAAGCAUUCGAGUUGAGCGAUGCUUUCGGGCUCUGCCAAGAUGAUGUGCUCUACUGUCCAUUUCCCUUGUUUCAUGCCGAUGCUACAGCCUUGACCACGGUCCCUGCUUUGUUGUUGGGCGCCACUGCGGCCCUUUCCGUUCGCUUCAGUGCCAGUCGCUUCUGGGACGAAAUCCGAGCCACUAAAGCCACAGUCUACGACUUUAUGGGUGCGACCCUCGCAUUGACCUACAAACAGGAACCCUCCAGCAAAGACCGCGAUCAUAAUGUGCGGCUAGCUUGGGGCGUACCACUUCCUCACUUUAGCAAGGACUAUGAGGAGCGGUUUGGCCAUCGCCUAUGCACAUUGUAUGGAAGCGUCGAAGCGAGCUUGCCGAUCAUGCAGAAGGGCGACCUCCUCACAGGCUCCUGCGGACGCCUGCGACCAGGAUAUCAGCUCCGAAUAGCUAAUGAGUUUGACGAACCUCUCCCGCCGAACACACCAGGUCAGAUGCUGCUACGGAGCGACAAGCCGAACGCUUUCUUUCAAGGAUACUUUGGCGAUGACGAAAGCACCAUCAAUUCAUUUGCCAAUCUUUGGUUCCAUUCGGGAGAUUUGGGCAAGGUAGACGAGUACGGUAACGUCUACUUUGUGGGCCGCAUCAAGGAUGUCAUUCGACGAAGGGGGGAGAAUAUAAACGUCUCUGAGAUCGAAGAAGAGUUCCUUAAGCAUCCAUGCGUCGCCACAGCAGCGGCAUUUGGGAUUCCGUCAGAGCUGGGCCCUGGAACUGAGGAAGACGUCAAGGUUACGGUCGAGUUGCGAGUCGGAACGAGUGUGACAGAGGCGGAGCUUUGGACUUGGGCUAGGUCCCGUAUGGCCCGCUUUCAAGUUCCCAACGUCAUACAUAUUGUGCAGGAAAUCAAGAAGACGCCGACUGGGAAGGUAGAGAAACAAGCACUUAGCCAGGACGGAGGGCAAAGAUUUGAUAUUAGGAUGACCACUACUAGUAGUUAG